AUGGGUUGUCGACCAAGCUCCUUUCCUAUUGAAUCAAAUCUAAAACUCGAUAAAGGUGAAAAGGAGAAUCGAGUAGAUGCCACCUCGUAUCGGCGCUUAAUUGGCAGAAUGUUAUAUCUACAGGUUACAAGACCAGACAUUGCCUAUGUUGUUAACGUGUUAAGUCAGUUUGUGGCUGACCCAAGGAAAAAUCAUAUGGAUGUUGCAAAUCGGGUACUUCGUUACUUAAAAGGAACAGUAGGACAUGGUAUUUUACUCCCACGAGAUGGCGAACCCGUCUUAACUGCUUACUGUGACGCAGACUGGCUUGGAUGCCCCUAUUCUAGACGAUCGAGAACCGGAUAUCUUCUCCUUUUGGGUGGUGCUCCUAUUUCUUGGAAGUCCAAGAAACAAUCUCUAGUCUCUCGUUCCUCUGCAGAUUUCUUGGAAGUCCAAGAAACAAUCUCUAGUCUCUCGUUCCUCUGCAGAGGCUGA